AUGCAUCCUUCAACAGAUUACAUCGCAUCAUUGUUUGCGUCUCAGCCAAGCCCUGGCGGUGAGUCUACAUGCAGCAGUGACCAGUCCCCCUUCAGCACCUAUCCCAGCAGUGGAGUCCAGCUUGCUGUGAGCGCCGGACGCUCACCAAGGGAGGGGCUGGAGGAGAACGAGGAGAAAGAGGAAAAAGAAGUGGAGGCAGAGGAGGAGUGUGAGGGUGAGCCGGCCCCCAUUAUGGACUCCACAGUCUCCACGGCAACAACAGCCAUGCUGACCCUGCAGGCAAGGCGAAGUGUUGGCCGUCCCGUGCGCUGGAUGGAGCAUAUCAAGAUGGAAAGGCUGAAGCAGGUGAAUGGAGGGCUGCCCAGGCCAGGGACCCUGUCCCCUACACCCCCUCCAAAAGGCUCCACACUACCUACCAUCUUGGGGAAGGGAUCCUGUCUGGGCAGGCAGUGGGGGGUGUCUGCUCCUCAGCCACCUGCUCAUGCUGAGCUGGGCAGCACAGAGCUAACAGUGCUUAAUUUGCUUCGGGACCGACGUGACAGCAGCGGUAGCGCCACCAGUUCAGCCUACCUGAGCAGCAGUCGUCGCUCAUCGGGCAUCUCUCCCUGCUUCUCCAGUCGACGCUCCAGCCAGGCUUCCCAAAAUGAGGGCAUGAUGGCAGCCACCCAACAUCGUCGCCGCCACAACCUUAGCUCCACUGACUCUUACGACCCCAUCUCCACUGAUGCCUCCCGCCGGUCCAGUGAGGCAAGCCACUAUGGUGGUAGCGUCGGUGGAGGGUUUGGAGGGAUACCUCUAGCUGGGAGCUGUGGCGGUCUAGGGGGAGUAGGUAUAGGAGGAGGAGGGUCACAGGGGAUGCUCACUUUAACCCCAGCACAGCACUACCACCUGAAAGCCAAGUACGCAGCAGCAACUGGUGGCCCACCUCCCACGCCUCUACCCAACAUGGAGCGCAUGAGCUUGAAGACUCGCAUGGCCAUGAUGGAUGAGGGUGGUAGCAACCAUUCUUUACCACCUCUUGUUAGACCGCAUCGCUGCAGUGAUGGCAUCAACGGGUACACCAAUGGGUAUAUGGGACAUUCAGGUUACAGGAGAAGGGUUCUCUUACCUGGUGAGGGGCCACUGAAUGGGAACCGGAGGGCUAGUGACCCGGUGCGAACGCAGGCUCCUGAUUGUUGCAGUCUGCCCCCAGUGCAACGCUUCAACAGCCUUAACAACCUCCACCCUCUUCCACCUCUGUCUCAAUAUUCGACGCCAGAAACUCGCAACUUCAGCCUUCAGAACUACACCCGCUCUGAGGGCAACCUGCAAAGAGGUCUUCAGCACUCACCCUACACUCCUAGCAUCGCAGAACACUCAGCCUUAGAAGCCCUGGCCAUGGAGGAUGAGGGGGAGGCUGGUCUUUUGCUUGGGGAUGAGGAUAUGCUACCAGAUGACCUGGUGCAGUAUCUCCACUCCCAUGUUCAGGUGGAUGGCGGCUCCUACAUGAACGUUGAGGACCAAAUAGUUUCUAGCCAAAGGGAAAACUCCCAUCCAUCUAUGGAGGAGAUAGAACAGAUCCAGAAUGGGUUGAAUAUGGCAUUAUCUGGUUCCCACUGUCUCCAACAGCAGCAGAUGGUCGAGCGGAGGAGCCCGAGUAAGCUUCCAAUCCAGUGGAAUGAAGUGAGCUCUGGGAGUGCUGACAGGUCUCCUCAGAGGGAACAAAACCACCAGACACAGUGUGGAAGGUGGUCAGGUACCGAACAUGGACCGACAUCUGCACCUUUUGGAAGGUUUGGAAACAUGGUUGUCCAGCAGCAAGUGCCCCUUGAUCUUCAGAACAGUUGCGCCCAGGCUAAUCAGUCUCAAAGUUCUUGUUGUGUCAACCCUGGAGUGAAGCUAGAGACAUCACCCAGGUCCUGCAUGGAGAUGCGAGGUACUGGUCAAAACCCUACAAACCCCUUUGGAAGGCCAAACUUUGCACAGAUCAACAAUGGGCCCCUGCAUGAAUUAAAACAGCAGGCCUCUCAUGGACCUCGAAAACAGAGCCACUUCCUACCAAACCACAACAGCAGCACCUCUUGCCAGAUUGGGAACAAUCUAGUUCUUACCAGAGCCUCUAUGGACCACCUACCCAGUCUCUCCCAGGGAACUGCUCCUCUUCACAAUCGGCAGGUCCAUGUCCCUCGCCCACCAAACACUCACAGGAACUUGGUCAGAGCCCAGCAGUGUCUCAGUCUAGAGAACUCUGGUGAAAUCCAGGGUUGUCUGAACCAGCAGCAACAAUUGCAGAGAAGUGGUGACCAUUGCUCCCUUGCAUAUCAGGUAUCUGGGCUGAAACUGGAGGCCCCAGACCAUGGAUACCAAGAGCAGGGCUUUGGCGACUGCCUUUCCUAUGAACCAGUGGAUCACAAGGCCUCCUCGUACCCUGUUCUGGAAGACCAGUGCUUACUGGACUCAAUGGCUGAGACCGUUGGACAAGGUAGUAGCAGUGGAAGCGGGAACUCUGUUGCCCUUCUCUCUCCUGGUGCAGACCAGGUAACAAGCACGGUGGAUGGCACUGUCCCUGGUGUAUUAGAUGAGGGGGUUAGUCUGGACUUUAGUGCCAUGCUAGAGGAUGGCUUCGACCAAGGUAGCCUGGUCUCUGGGGUGCUGAGUCCCUCCAUCUUCCAGGGUCUGUCCAGAACUUCAUCACGCCUGACUACACCUCGAGCAUCUGCAACCUUCCAUAGUGUGGCCCCUGGCCUAAACAACAUGGCCAUUGGAGACAUGAGCUCUCUCCUCACCACACUGGCCGAGGAGAGCAAGUUCCUGGCGAUCAUGCAGUAGCUGCUCUCUCUCUCUCUCAACUUUCUCCUCCCUUCAGAAAAAAAAGAGAAAACUCUGGUGUAUGUGAAGAUUAAGACCAAAGUGUCAAUUAUGAGAACUAUAUUAUGUACUUAGUGUUGUGAAACAGGCGGUUGCCAAGUCUGUUAAUUUUGUAAAAAAAAAAAUGUCAUCCCACUCAGAAAUGGGAUGUGUCAAAAUAAUGUACAGAUACAUAGUUGUAUUCCUUUUCUGGAAUGUAGGCUAUUUUUGGAAGCUCUUCUCUUUGUAAAACUUCGAAAUGUUGAGCUAAAGCUCACUUCCUUGAAACAGUAUUCUGUGUAUUGUCACUGUUUUUGCUAUACACACUGAUGGUCAAAAUGCAUGUAUUCAAGGUAAUGAAAAUCAUCAAUAUAAGUACAUCUACUCUCGCCCAUACACCAAGUAUCACCCGUUCUGGUCCCAGAGGUUCAAAUCCAUUCUCCUUAAAGCAGGUCAGACAUAACCCUAACUCUGAUGAUAUCUUUAUACAUCAUACGUUUUAAAAAGUGGUGGAAUCUGUUGUCAUUUAGUUUGUAUGUUAAUUUUGUGAAUCUGUAAAUGUUACAGUGUUCUACCAGGUUUUACCAAGUGGUGUUUUAGUAACUACAGUAUGGCAUCGAGUCCAAAAAAUGAACACAUCACACAAGACUCGGAGGCAGCCACAGUUGUCUUCUUGAUAUCUAAAAUGGCUCAAUUUAGUUAGUCUGCUGAGGUACUCACACGUGUAUAUAACAGUGUUUUUUAUAAUCUGUUUGUGAUAAUCCUGUUAUUGACGUUGGAUUGCACGGUUGCUGGAGUUGAUACAAUGAACGGACAUUGGUGAUCAAAGGUCCCAUUCGGUGCUUUAUGUAUGCUUACAUAAAUAGAUAUUUGUACUUCAUGUUUUUAAUCUGUCUUAAUGGCCGUCAGUGGUCCAUAGCACAUGGUUUUCCCUCUCAUGAUUAUAAAUGUAAAGUGGUGUUUUUCUCCAAUAGGAAAUCAUCUGUGUUCUCUCCAAAGCUCUUAAAUUCAGAAUGUGUACUGCCAUCGAGUAUUGCAGUGAUUUUGUCAAAACAGUGUUAGUAUUGCCUUGCAGUCUUCUUUGACUGAACACAGAAUAUUGAGUAGUUUACCUUUUAUUCAGCGUCAAAGCAAUGAGGUACAAAUGGUUUUCUUGUUCUUUGGUACUUUUGUCAUUUUUGUAGCUGUGCAUUGAUGUUUUUUUGUUUUGUUUUUGUUUUCAAAAAGUAGAAAUCAUUUCCUUUUGAAGGAAGGAAAUUACAUUGAGGUAUGUGCCUUAUAAGUAUCUGCCUGACGGUAAAGAGAAAGAUCACUGCCAAUCUUCCAUUGUGAAUUAUGAAAAAGAGAAACAUUUUAAGUGUCUUUUAAGACCGGGGGAAAAAAAGAGAAAAUGAUAGAAAAUUUAUAUAAGAAAAGUCUGAAU